UGUAAGCAAAUGUUUUCUCUUUAGGGUGAAGGGAAAUGUCCUUAUUUAAAGCCCGUGACUGGUGGUCUACUGUGCUAGGAGAAAAGGAAGAAUUUGACCAAGGCUGCUUGUGCUUGGCUGAUGUUGACAAUAGUGGGAAUGGACAAGAUAAAAUCAUCGUGGGCAGCUUCAUGGGCUACCUGAGAAUCUUCAGUCCCCAUUCUGUGAAGACUGGAGACAGGUCUCAGGCAGAGGACUUGCUUCUGGAAGUGCAUCUGCGGGACCCAGUGCUGCAAGUGGAAGUUGGCAAGUUUGUCUCAGGCACCGAGAUGCUUCAUUUGGCCGUGCUGCACUCCCGGAAGCUCUGUGUCUACGCUGUCUCAGGAACAUUGGGUAAUGUGGAACAUGGAAACCAGUAUCAAAUAAAAUUAAUGUACGAGCACCAUCUUCAGAGGACAGCCUGCAACAUGACCUGUGGGCCCUUUGGUGGCAUAAAAGGUCGAGAUUUAAUUUGUAUCCAGUCUAUGGAUGGGAUGCUGAUGGUGUUUGAGCAGGAAAGCUACGCUUUCGGGAGAUUUCUCCCUGGUUCUCUUCUGCCUGGCCCUCUUGCUUACAGCCCCCGUACGGAUUCCUUCAUCACCGUCUCUUCUUGCAGACAAGUGGAAAGUUACAAGUACCAAGUACUUGCCUUUGCAACGGAUGCAGAUAAGAAGCAGGAGACGGAACAGCAAAAGCUUGGUUCUGGAAAAAGACUAGUUGUGGAUUGGACCCUGAAUAUUGGCGAGCAAGCCCUUGAUAUUUGUGUCAUGCCUUUCAACCAGUCUGCAUCGUCCGUUUUUGUUCUCGGCGAGAGAAACUUCUUCUGCCUGAAGGAUAACGGGCAGGUUCGGUUCAUGAAGAAGCUCGACUGUAGCCCCAGUUGUUUCCUCCCGUACUGCUCAGUUUCUGAAGGUACGGUGAACACCCUGAUCGGAAACCAUGGCCACAUGCUGCAUGUCUACCAGGAUGCAACCCUGAAGUGGGCCACACAGCUCCCCCACGUGCCCGUUGCAGUCAGGGUCGGCUCUUUGCAUGACUUGAAGGGAGUGAUAGUGACGCUCAGCGACGAUGGCCAUCUGCAGUGCUCAUAUCUGGGGACAGACCCUUCUCUGUUCCAAGCUCCUAAAGUUGAAUCAAGAGAGCUCAACUACGAUGAACUUGAUGUAGAGUUGAAAGAACUUCAGAAAAUCAUCAAAGAUGUAAAGUCUCAAGGUGUUUGGCCCAUAGCUGAAAGAGAAGAUGACUUGAAAGUCUCUGUUGUGGUGUCUCCUAACCUUGACUCUGUGUCUCAAGCUACUGAUGUUGAAGUUGGAACCGACUCUGUUCCGUCCAUCUCAGUGAAGAUUACCCUGCAGAAUCGAGUGGUGUUGAAAAAAGCCAAAUUGUCAGUGUAUGUGCAGCCACCAUUAGUGCUGACGUGUGACCAGUUUACCUUCGACUUUGCAGUACCAGAUACGACCAGCAUCGUAGCAUUUUCCAUCUACCUGAAGAGAAGUUAUACACCAUCCGAAUUAGAAGGAAAUGCUGUUGUGUCAUAUUUCAGACCGACAGAUCGAAAUCCUGAUGGUAUUCCUCGGGUUAUCCAAUGUAAAUUUAGACUUCCUCUGAAACUAAUUUGCCUACCAGGUCAGCCUUCAAAAACUGCGAGCCACAAACUAACUGUUGACACCAACAAACCUCCUGUCAGUCUGCUCAGCCUCUUCCCAGACUUUGCCAAUCAGUCAGACGAUGAUCAGGCGAAUGUAAUGGGUUUUCGUCUCCUAGGAGGCUCUCGAGUUACUCUUCUUGCUUCCAGAACGUCUCAACGAUACCGCAUUCAGAGCGAACAAUUUGAAGAUCUUUGGCUCGUAACAAAUGAACUCAUCCUCCGCCUUCAGGAACAUUUUGAAAAACAGGGAAUUAAAGAUUUUGCGUGUUCUUUUUCUGGAUGUGUGCCCCUUCAAGAGUAUUUUGAGUUGAUUGAUCAUCAUUUUGAGCUGCGGAUGAAUGGUGAGAAAUUAGAAGAACUUUUAUCUGAAAGAGCUGUACAAUUCCGGGCCAUCCAACGUCGGCUUCUAACAAGAUUCAGAGAUAAGACACCUGCCCCACUCCAACAUCUGGACACCCUGCUGGAUGGAACCUAUAAGCAGGUAAUUGCUCUAGCAGAUGCGAUUGAGGAAAACCAGGAGAAGCUGCUGCAGUCCUUCGCCGGCCUGAAGAGCGCCACCCACUUGCUGAUCCUGCUGGUCAGGCUGUGGCAGAAGCUGAGCAUCGAGCAGACUGCUAUUCUGGAGGCAGCCUUCCUGCCGCUACAGGAAGACACGCAGGAACUGGGCUGGGAAGAAACAGUGGAUGCUGCCAUUGCCCACCUUUUGAAAACUUGCCUGUCGAAGAGUUCCAAGGAGCAGGCUUUGAACCUCACCAGCCAACUGAACAUACCCAAAGAUACCAGCCGGCUGAAGAAGCACAUCACCUUGCUGUGUGAUAGGUUAGCUAAAGGUGGGCGCCUCUGCGUGAGCACGGAUGCCGUGGCGCCGCAAGCCAUGGUCAUGCCAGGUGGCUGCAGUCCCAUCGCAGAGUCAGAUCUAGAAGAACGGUCGCUGGACGACUCCGCGGAAGUGUUUACCAACCACAAGCACCUCAUCGCAGAGUCCCCUGUGCCUGAAGUUUCAGCCCUCCAAGGAGUUGUGGAAUAGUCGGAGCAACACUAGCUAGCCGGAAGGAAGAUGCCCUUCCCAAGGCCAACCCUGUGUGGACACUGUGCUCCCAUCCUGGUGCUGUGCCAAGCUCACCCCUGGAGGCGACUGCGUGGAGAUGGACUCACGGCUUGUGCUUUUGCUAGGAGGGCUUGGAAUAUCACAGACAGGUCAACUGAAGGACAAGAUUUGUCCUUUCUUCCCAGAAAAAAAAAAUGGUUGCUGCCUUUAGUCAUGUGUGCUUAUAGUCAGGAUAUAGCAAGGUGACAAAGUUUGGGGACAGACUUCAUCAUACAGGGAUCCAAAUGUAAAAUAAUUUGAUAGCCCAUUUUUUUCACAGGAUUCUUAUGUAGUAAUGUAUCAAGUUUAAUAAAGCAUCUUAUUGU